AUGGUAAUAGCAGAAAAUGAUAGCGUAAUUCUAUACAUAGACGAAGAUAACAUUAGUCUCGUAAAGUUAAAAAGUGAUGGAUCAAUUACAAAUAAAAAAGGAAUUUUCUUAUACAAAAAUAUUAUAGGAAAAGAAUAUGGAAGUAAAAUAUAUGAUACAUUAUCUAGAAAUUUUAUAUUUGUACUAAAAAAAACACCAGAACUUAUAGCAACAAGUUUAAAAAAAAAAACACAAACUUUAUAUGAGCAUGACAUAUCAUUUAUUUGUUUAUUAUGUAAUGCUUUGCCUAAUAAGAAAAUAAUCGAAGCUGGUACAGGCACAGGGUGCUUAACAUACUCAUUAGCUAAUUGUGUAUUACCUCAUGGAGUUGUUCAUACAUUUGAAUAUAAUGAAGAAAGAUAUACCGAAGUUAAAAAAGAAUUUGAAGAUUUUGAGGAUGUAAUAAAUAACAUAAAGUUUUAUCAUAAAGAUAUUAUAAAUUAUAAUUUUGAAGAUUUUGAAAAUAAUGAAAUUGAUGCUAUUUUUCUUGAUAUGCCAAAUCCAUGGCUAUGCGUUGAAAAAGCUAAAAAUGUUUUAAAAGAAAGAGGUGCUUUUGUUAUUUUUUUACCAUGUAUAGAACAGGUUUAUAAAAUAAUUGAGACAUUAGAAGAACAUAAUUUUUGUGAUAUUGCAACAUAUGAAUUAAUUAAUAAUUCAUGGAAAUAUAUUUUAAUUAAUAAUAAAAAAAAAAAUAAUAAUUUAAAUGAAUUAGAAAAUUCAACCACAAAUCAAUCAACUCCAUUAAACGGCAAUUCACCACAAAAUUUAAAUAUCCCAUAUAGAUUAUGUCAUAAAGAAAAUAAAACACACACUGGGUAUUUGAUUGUCUCAAAAAAAUGGCUAGACGAUGAACAUCAACAAAUGGAAAUCGAGUUUAAAGGUCUAAUCAACCCCCCAGAAAAUACACAAACAUAA